AUGGGUCAUCAACACGAAUAUUUGUCGUGGACUGAUAACACACAUAAUCAACUUGUUAUUGAAUCGGAUACAAGUAGCAUGUAUAUAGAUAAAUGCGAUAGAAAACUAGAGUAUUUAAUAGCGAUAUGUUCAAUAACAAAUAAAGAUUACAAACAACUAUAUGAAUGUCAUCCUGAACGACAGUUUCAUUUACAGACAAGAUUAAAACGAGCUGUUAGUGGCAAAUCUACACGAUCAGCAUACUUAGUUUUAUCAUUAGGUGUUGGACUACCAUGUUUACUAGUCGGAAUUAUAAUUGGUACUGUUAUUACUAUUGUUUUUUCAAUUAGACGACAAAAACGAUUAGAACAACGAAGUCAAGAAAAUAAUCAAAUUCAUCAUGAAAUUAGAUCUAUAAAUCUCAAUGAUGAUGUUUCGAACAGAGCAACACAAAGUAAAGGAAUCAAACUAUCUCCUGCGUUCAAUGCCAUGUUUGAUCAUAUUCCCGUACUACGAGAAAGAGAAAUAUCUGAUAAUCAAAUGAUGGCAUUAAAUCGAUAUCAACCAUUGCAUGAUCAAUCAAUGAGACAAGAUCGAACACCAAUUCAACGCUCACAUAUAUCGAAUUUCGUAUACAAUCUAUCGACAGUCCCACACGAUAACAUGCCAAACAAUCUCAUAACAACUAAAAUUACAUCAAAACAGCCGUACAAAGUAUCGAAAAAUGUCAAUAGUAACAUGAAACAUAAUUUCAAAUGUCAUACACGUUCAAAAUCUCGUUAA